CACACGGAGGACGCUGCUACCUCAGCGCUGCGGUGACCCCAACGCGGGGCUCGCGCUGCCGCUGUGUCCGUUGGGGCUCGCGCUGCCGGUCGGGCCCCGGCCGCCGGGGAGGAUGCGGCGCUACGUGCGCGUGGCGCUGCUGUGCCUGGGCUGUGGCUUGUGCUCGCUGCUCUACGGCUCCAGCCAGCUGGCCCUGGAGCAGGAGCCUGCCUGGGGGAAGCCGCAGGCCCGAGACCCCGCCGCUCCCGUCCGGAGACAGCGCGCCGGCGGCGGGAGGGUGGCGGCGGCGGCGGCGGGAAGCGCAGGCCGCGGGGAGCCGGAGCUGCCAGACAGGUGUAAGAAUUUGUCUAUAUCUUACUGGAAUUCCUAUUGGAUGCUGCCCUCUGAUGUUUGUGGAAUGAACUGCUUUUGGGAAGCUGCUUUUAGAUAUGAUUUUAUGAAAACGCAGCCUGCUGAGAAGAUGCAUCUAGCAGUGGUUGCCUGUGGUGAAAGGCUGGAGGAGACUGUUACUAUGUUGAAAUCAGCCAUUAUUUUCAGCAUCCAACCUCUACAGUUUCAUAUUUUUGCAGAGGGCCAACUGCACAACAGCUUCAAAGGCAUACUCAAUGGUUUGCCAUAUCAAGGAAAAUUUAAUUAUACCGUAUAUCCAAUAACAUUUCCAACUGAGAGUGCAGCAGAAUGGAAGAAACUGUUUAAACCCUGUGCUUCACAAAGGCUAUUCUUGCCAUUAAUCCUCAAAGAUGUGGAUUCGUUACUGUAUGUUGAUACUGACAUCCUGUUUUUGAGACCUGUUGAUGAUAUUUGGUCUUUUCUGAAAAAAUUUAAUUCCACACACAUUGCUGCAAUGGCACCAGAACACGAGGAACCUCGUAUUGGAUGGUAUAAUCGCUUUGCUAGACACCCAUAUUAUGGAAUAACUGGAAUAAAUUCUGGAGUAAUGCUAAUGAAUAUGACACGUAUAAGAAGAAAGUAUUUCAAGAAUGAUAUGACAACUGCUCGGCUACAGUGGGGAGAAAUUCUUAUGCCAUUGCUUAAAAAAUAUAAACUAAACAUAACAUGGGGUGAUCAAGAUCUGUUGAAUAUUAUGUUUUUUCAUAAUCCAGAGAGCCUUUUUGUCUUUCCCUGUCAAUGGAAUUAUCGUCCUGACCACUGCAUUUAUGGAAGCAAUUGUAAGGAAGCUGAAGAAAAAGGAAUAUUUAUUCUUCAUGGAAACAGAGGUGUUUACCAUGAUGAUAAACAACCAACUUUUAGGGCUAUUUAUGAAGCAAUAAAAAAAUAUUCCUUUGGUGAUGACCUGGUUAAUUUCCUGUUACAGCCCCUAGAACUGGAACUGCAGAAGACAAUGCAUACGUACUGUGGAAGAAUAUACAAAGUGUUCAUAAAGCAGCUAACAAAAAGCAUAAGAGAUAUUUAUGAUAGAAGAUCAAAGGGAAGUUGAUUCUUACUACAAACUCACAAAACUAUUGAAUUCAAACAAAGACGGAAUAUAUAAAAUGUAUGAAGGAUGUUCAUGCAAGAAUCACCUAUUCCUAGCGUGCCUAGGUAAAUGUUUACCCGUGUAGAUAAAAUGAAGAAACUGUUCAUAUUAUGAAGAAUACACUUUCCAGCAAAGAAGAUAUAUUUGAUUUUUUAAUCACUGCUAAUUUUCAUUCCAGUUCUAGUGAAUAUGGGAGUUACUGGCUGUUCUAGUCGGGUUUUUUUAUUCUGCAUAAUUCAGUUGUCUGUUAUACUCAAAUGGGUAAAACAGAAAUGAAGAUAGAUCUAUUGGUAGAAUGUACCUCAUACAUUAUCUAUGAUUCUGCUAAACUGUGAAUGUAGCAAUAAUUGAGUCAGCACUAACCUCACUUUAAAAGUGUGAGAACAAAGUUGUUUACAAGGGCAGAAGUUAUUCUGUUUUCAAAGAAAUGUGAUGUAACGAUUGACAAUCUGUAUGUGCCUUUAGAGGUGUUCAUCUCCUACAUGUUAAAAUAUUGUUUUGACAAUCAUGUUUCAUAUUUUAGAUGUAAACUGCACAUUAUAAACAAGAUUUUCAAAGCAAUUAAUCACUAGUGUAAGAGGAACUAGUUUCCCGUCUGUAGUUACUGAUAUCUUGUUGUGAUACAACCUCAUAACAGAUGCUGUGUUCAGCCAUCUUGACAAAAUACUACAGCUGAAUUUUUUACAAAGAUACAAUAUGAGAUUUUUUUAGAAAUAGUUUUUAUCACUUUAAUGAUACUUUUUUGCAACUUCACUGAGCUUUCUGGAAGCAAAAGUAUAUAAUGGAAUGUUUCCUCUAUUAUAUUUAAUUACUAAGAAUGAUUACAUGAUAUGGUAGAGAGCUGUGAGUGGGGCUCUUAAUUGUUCCCAAAAUGCAUAUAGGACAUGUUUCCUAUGAGAACUAUUAAUCAUGAGGAAAUAUUACGCACAUUACCACUUCACCUCAUAACCCUCCCCCUCUCCAUAGAUUUGCAUAUGUGCUUAAUAACAAAGCUUAAAAAUCUUGGACAGAUCCUCAGAUGAAUGAUUCCAUUGACCCCAGUAGAGCUAUGCUGAUUUACAAGAGUAUUAGGCCCCUGUGUUUUUGUUUAUAGGAAACCUGUUCCAUUGUUUUCAGGAUAUAAAUUAUUUCCUUUUGAAAAACGAAACAAAAUAAGAAAAAUCUAUUGGUUCUAAUAGUAAUAAAAUAUUAUUCGAGUGAUCACGUCCAUUCCAAUUAGGUGUGCGCACACCGCGUGCACAGACGUCGGAGACUUUUUCCCUUAGCAGCUCCCAUCAGGACGGCAGGGGAGCCCCCUAGAGUGGUGCCCUUAUGGCAGUGUAUAUAUUACCCUGAUUGCCCCACCCCACUUCAGUUCUGUCUUACCGUCCAUGGAGGCGUUGGAACAUUCGCUCGCUCGCUUGCAAGUGAUCCCUUAGCCUUUCAAUCUUCUAGUUAGAGUUGUUCUUAGAUAGUUAUCAGUUAGUUAAAUACCAUUGUAUACAGGUGUCUGGAAGCUAGUUCCAGCACCAGCCUUGGUCUGUGGGGAAUGUCGCAAAGCCCAGAGUUUCAAAGCUUGCGUCACGGGCCACAAGUCUAUGCCUAACAGCGAACCCCGUGACUCCUGUCUCCGGUGUCUGGGAGUGUCUCAUCAGGCAGAGUGCUGCAAAAUCUGCAAGGCCUUCAAGCCGUGCACUAAGAAAGAAAGACUUUCGUCUUAAGCAGUUGCUCAUAAAGGCCACUUUACAACCACCGGCCCCUGACCGACCGGCCCUGGCUCCGGCUCCAGCCCCAGCUUCCUCGUUGCGAAGUGCCUGGGCAUCCAUGUGCGACCCAGCACUGCCCAAGCACCGUAAAUCGCUGGCACCGAGAUGGGACGACCAACCUUGACAGCGGUUGAACUCUCCAGCCCCAACAAAGCGUCACAAGAAAGGAGAAAGAGGGCGCUGUCCCCAAAGAGCUACUAAGCUGCUCAAAGAAGCUCCUGGCAUGUAAAGACAGAUUGUUGGGACUGAGCCAAGAACUGGCACCAUCGACUCUGGUGCCACAGGCCCCGUUGAGUCCAGUACCCAGUGGAUUCAGUGCCGACGAAUGUCUGAAGGAGGUCCUCGAACACCCCUCCACACUUGACUCUUUCGAGGCAGUGAAAGACCUCAUUGCGUUGUCGGCGCCAAACUCCCUCCCGUGCAGGGAGAAGCCUCUGUCACCAACCAAGAGGGUGCUGUCCAGAGGGAAGCCGGCAAUGGUGCACCUCUCAAGGUCACCGUCUCAGCACCGCUCUUGGCACUGCUCCCAUUCAAGCUCGGCAUCCUGCUAUUCCCCGGCACCCGCGACCCAGUGUGAGAUUACAGCACCGGAGGUGAACCCGCCCGCGGCGACUGCACGCCGGUCCACAACGCCAUCGGUCGCCCAGCACUGGAGUACGGCACCGAUAACCUCACCGGCACCAAGUAAGAGGCACCAGUCCCAAUCCCGAGACUGCCGGUACCAUUUGCGGUCCCAGUCAGUCAGGCAUUGCUCUCCCGCCGCUCAACAUUCGGUACUGCCCUGGUCCUCUCUGUCAGCAUCCUCCGGCUCCGAGGCCAACUCCGGUCACUCUAGCUAUAGCAGACAUCGAACCGUAGCCAGCAGAGAAUCCCAAUCAGCAUAGCAGCCACAAUGACUUCCUCUGAGUCAGUGGCCUUUCUGGACCCCAUGGGCCUACCACCAGCAACAGGGCAUCACCUCCAGGGCCUCUAGGUCUGCGCAAUCUGUGCGAUGCCAUUCCAGGUUGCCACACAGGCAUGCAUCAAGGACAAGGGAGGCCACUCUCUCUAGACGGCCCCCGUCCUCCAAGAGCAACUGGCGCUUCCAGGCCCAAUGCCCGAGGCAGUGCCAAGCACUGCUACACUUCGAGAUGUGUCAGCCACGCCGGGCUCUGAAGUGUCCCAGGCAUAUGGGGGGACACAGGAGGGUCUAGAUGAGGGCAACCAGCAGCACCUCACUUCCUCCUCUUCCCCAGACGAGGCGGUGGCGGGCACAUCAGUCUCAGGACUGCCACCGAUCGACCAUGGGGCUCACCAGGAACUACUCCGCAGGACCCGCCCUCAGUAUGGGGCUCCAGGCGGAAGAAAGGGUCGAGCAGGAGGAUCCGAUGGUGGACAUCCUGACACCCGAAGGUCCCUCCAGAGUCACGCUUCCUCUCAUAAAGACCAUACAGACGAAUCACAACGCUAUAUGGCAGACCCCGGCCUCCAUCACGCUGACGGCUGGUGGGUAGAAAGGAAAUACUUUGCCCCUUCCGAGGGCUAUGAGUUCCUGUUUUGCCAUCCAACUCCCUGUUCCCUAGUCGUUUCAGCAGUCAAUGAGAAGGAACGACAGUGCCAACAGUCUUGGCCCCAAAGGCCAAGGAGGCCAAGCAUUUGGACCUCUUAGGUAGGAUGGUCUACUCCUCCAGGGGCCUCCAGCUACGCAUAGCCAGCCAGCAGACGGUCCUUAAUAGACAUAACUUCAACUCUUGGAUGGCCAUGUCCAAGUUUAAGGAUCACCUGCCCCAGGACUCACAUUCUGAGUUUGCGGCGUUAAUCAGGGAAGGGAAAGACAGUGGGUAAGACUUCGCUACAAGCCUCCCUCGAUUGAGCUGACUCUGCAGCCAGAACCAUUGCCUCGGGGGUAGUCAUGCGAUGCUCAGCAUGGCUCCAGGCAUCGGGUCUCCCUCCAGAGGUCCAGAAUACCCUCCAAAACCUUCCCUUCGAGGGCUCGGGCCUUGUCUUGAAGCAAAUAGACUCCAGGCUGCACAGCCUUAAGGAUUCUAGGACCACCCUGAAAUCACUAGGGAUAUAUAUGCCAGCAACCCAGAGAAAGCCUUUUUGGCCUCAGCCUCUGCAGCAGAGGCAGUAUCAACCCCGCCCGAGGUAGGAGCCGUAUCGCAGGCGGGGCAGAAAUAACAGGCGUAGACAGCAGAAUAAUGCGCCCAACCAAGGCCAGAUUAAACCCUGGCCCAGAAACAAGCUAGGGGUUGAAGGCAUUCCCAAGGACAGUGUACCAACCCAGUUCCCGGAUCCAUCCCCAUGGUUUUAAAACCAGCUAUCCCACUUCUACCGUGCAAGGUCCCAUAUAACAUCAGACCGCUGGGUCACGUGCGUGGUACAGUUAUUCCCUCCGGUUCUCCUCCUUCCCUCCCUCCCACCCACCUUCCCUGUCCCUCUUCAAGGACCCCUCUCACAAGCAACUCCUUAUGCAGGAGGUUCGUUCGCUCCUCAAGAUAGGUGCAGGGGAGGAGGUUCCACAGGAGCUAAGGGGAAAGGGGUUUUACUCCUGUUACUUUCUAAUCCCCAAGUCAAAGGGCGGUCUUCGACCCAUUUUAGACCUUUGCGGACUCAACAAAUUUAUGGUCAAAGACCAGUUCCACAUGGUCCCCUAAGCACAUUCCAUCGUUGGAUCCAGGGGAUUGGGACGCUGCCCUCGACAUGAAAGAUGCAUACUUUCAUAUUGCCAUUCAUCCGGCGCACUGACGCUUCUUCUGAUUUGUCGUAAACCAGUAUCACUACCAGUUCCCGGUUCUCCCAUUUUCAGCCUGACCACAGCUCCCUGAGUGUUCACAAAAUGCAUAGCAGUGGUGGCAGAAAAGGCACGUUCGAGUGUACCCGUACCUCAACAACUGGCUACUGACAGGUUGUUCCAAGGACGAGGUCCAGUCCCACAUGACAGUGGUCUUGGACAUGUUUCAUAGACUGGGGCUCCUCCUCAAUGUACCCAAAUCACUCAUACCUACCCAAAGGAUAGAGUUUAUAGGGGAAGUCCUGGACUCGAUAUGGGCAAAAGCGAGCCUUCCAGAGCUCAGGUUCCAAGCCAUAGAGCAGAUUGUCAAAUCAGUGCUUCAGUAUCCCACCAUCACAGUCCGGUGUUGCUGCAGCAGCUAAUAGGGCAUAUGGCAGCAUGCACGUCCGUGGUCAAGCAUGCCCAAUUGAGACUCAGACGCAUGCAAACGUGGCUCGCACUGUCUUACUGUCUGUACUGAGACCCCUUGUGGUGACAAUUCCGGGACAGGUUCUAGAACCCCUGCAUUGGUGGCUGGUCUGUGCAGGGGUCCCCUUUUCCAAGCCCCAACCUUCUCUGACGUUAGUAACAGAUGUGUCAGAUCUGGGCUGGGGCACAUACUGUAGGGGAUCUGAGGACACAAGGCUUGUGGUCGAGGGACAAGAUACCUCAUGUCAACCUGAAGGAGCUCAGGGCAGUUUGUCUGGCCUGCCAAACCUUUCACACUACUUUGCAGGGUCACAGCAUGUCCAUCCUGACAGACAACACCACCGCCAGGUUUUAUAAACAAGCAAGGGGGAGCCCGCUCCUCACCUCUCUGCCGCAAGGCUCUUCUUCUCUGGGACUUCUGUAUAGCCCAAUCCAUUCAGCUCGAAGCAUCCUACCUUCCAGGGGUAUGGAAUGAGCUGGCAGAUCGCCUCAGCAGGUCAUACCACAUGCACGAGUGGUCAAUCAGAUUGGACAUCAUACAGUCAGUCUUCCAAAAGUGGGGUUAUCCCCGAGUAGACCUCUUCGCCACCAAGAGCAACAGACAGUGCCCUCAGCUAUGCUCAUUCCAAAACCACAGUCCGGGCUCGAUUGCUGAUGCGUUCCUAAUACCGUGGGGCAAGGGUCUGAAGUAUGCCUUCCCUCCUAACCGGCUCGUCCACUGGCGGCUCCUCAAAAUUCGCAGGGACAGGGCGACGGUAAUCAUGAUCGCCCUGUCUUGGCCCCGGCAACAUUGGUACACAACCCUCCUAAAGCUGUCCGUAGAUGCCCCAAUAGCCCUGCCCCACCACACGGAUCUGAUCACGCAGGACCAUGGGUGCCUCCUUCACCCAAACCUGCAAUCUCUACAUCUCAUGGCUUGGAAACUCCAUGGCUAAAUCCCAUGGAGAGCCAGUGCUCUCAGUCGGUGAGACAAAUUCUCCUCGGCAGUAGGAAACCUUCCUCUAAGGCUACCUACCUGCUGAAAUGGAAAAGGUUUUCCUGUUGGUGUGAACCCAAGUGCCUUCAACCGCUCCAGGCUCCUAUCCCAGUUAUUUUAGACUACCUCCUACACCUUAAGCAACAGGGUCCAUCCCUUUCCUCCAUCAGAGUACACCUGAUGGCCAUUUCAGCUUUCCAUCCAGGGGAGUCUGGGCGCUUGGUGUUUUCAAAUCCCAUCCUGAGGCAAUGUCUCAAAGGGCUGGAGAGGGUGUUCCCAUAUUUUUCACCCACCAGUCCCAACCUGGAACCUGAACUUGGUCCUCUCCAAACUCAUGAGCCCACCGUUUGAGCCCCUGACCACUUGUUCCCUCCUCUAUCUUUCUUGGAAGGCGGCGUUCCUGGUGGCCUUUACAUCGGCAAGGAGGGUGUCCGAGCUGAGAGCCCUCACCUCCGAACCACCUUACACGGUGUUUCAUAAGGACAAGGUGCAGCUUAGACCACACCCCAAAUUUCUCCCCAAGGUGAUCUCUCAAUUCCACAUGGGUCAAGACAUUUGCUUACGAGUGUUCUUUCCAAAACCCCACACAAGCUCGAGACACCGCAGCCUACACACACUGGAUGUCCGGAGAGCCUUGGAGCUCUACAUAGAGCGCACAAAACUUUUUUGCAAGUCGACCCAGUUGUUCAUCGCCAUAGCCGACAGAAUGAAGGGCCUUCCUGUCUCUGUGCAACGCAUAUUGUCCUGGAUCACAGACUGCAUUCACAAGUUCUAUGAGCUUGCCAAGGUCCCAGCCCCAGCCAUUAUGGCCCAUUCAACCAGAGUGCAUGCAUCUUCAACAGCCUUUCUGGCUCAGUUCCCUAUCCAGGAGAUCUGUAAAGCAGCCACCUGGUCUUCAGUGCACACAUUUACAGCCCACUAUGCUGUUAACCAACAGGCCAGAGAUGAUGCGGCGGUCGGCAGAGCUGUUCUUCAAUCAAUCGUUCCAUGACUCCUAUCCUCCUCCAAUAGUAAGCUUGGAAGUCACCUAAUUGGAAUGGACGUGAACAAUCACUCGAAGAAGAAAAGAUGGUUACUUACCUCUCGUAACUGUUGUUCUUCGAGAUGUGUUGUUCAUGUCCAUUACAAUACCCGCCCCCCUUCCUCUCUGUCGGAGUAAACGGCAAGAAGGAACCGAAGGGGGGUCGGGCCGGCAGGGUAAUAUAUACACCUCCAUAAGGGCGCCACUCUAGGGAGCUCCCCUGCCGUACUGACGGGAACUGCUAAGGGAAAAAGUUUCCAAUGUCCGUGCAUAUGACACGCGCACACCUAAUUGUAAUGGAUGUGAACAACAUAUCUCGAAGAACAACAGUUACGAGAGGUAAGUAACUGUCUUUUAUAUCUUAAUGGCAUGAAUGCUGUUUUAGGUAAUACUUGAGCUGAAUUUAGAUAAUAGUUCUAAUUGGAAUUAACUAGUUAUACGGUGGCUUUUUCUGGGAGUUCCUUUGUAAUCUGAGCUUGAAAGAUCCCGCCACUGUCUAGUCAUCCCCCACCUUCCAUGAGGCCCCAUAUAAUGGCCAUCUUUCUGUCUGAGGAUGACUGGCUGUUAUGUCUGUCAGAUCCAGCUGGAUCUAAGGAGUCGCUGAGCAAUACAAAAGCACACCCUCUAUUGUGAGCAGUGCUUCUGUUGUACUCCCAACCCCUGCUGGCCCAGGGAGCAAGAGACUGGAUGGGAUGUAGAAGCCAGAAUCUCUUGAAUGUUGUGCAGUGCACAACGACUAGUCUUAUUAGACAAAUCUGAAGCUGUUUUUAAUAGGUAUAAAACAUUGGAAACUGUUUAUGGGUUUUGAUUAUCAUUAUAGCACAUAAAUUCAGAUGCCAGAAACUAAUCUGCCCCGACUUCACUCAGUGCAUUUUUUGUGCAUACACAUGUUGCAUAUCAAAUAAAAAGUAUUAGUGAGCCAGAUAAAUCACGUUAAUUCUACUUAACCAUCUAUUGGAAGUCACCAAAUGGUCACCACACCGUAUAUUUUUAUUUGUAGAAUAAUGUAGAAAUCAAAUAAUUCUCUUAAUGUUUGUGUAUUUACUUAUAUUUUGCACACUAAAACACCAUAGAAGAUUUACUUUACUAUUGAAACUAGUUCAUACUUAUGGUUUCCAUACUUAUGAAGUGAAAGAUGUUUAUCUCCUUAAAAAACUCUUUCUAGAUUUAAAAUCUAUAUGACCAUGAAUGCAAUUGCAAAGUUGAGUGACUUGCAGCAUGCAAAGCAUUAUUUUUUUACAUAAACUGUUUUGCAUCAGUUUUUGUCUUCAAUUUUUUACUUCUAUUAAUAGUACUGUGUGAUUAUGUUUACAAACACUUUCCUUUGUAACACCCUGCUUUUGCACAUUUAUAACUUGUUGAAAUAUUCACUCUUGGGACUGAUGUUUCAUGAUCUUUAUACAGAUGUUGGGUGUUUGGGUUUUUUUUUUUUUUUUUUUGAAGUUUUGGUGAAUCCUUUGAGCCAUUUUUUAAGCAAAAAGCAGCAGUAACUUUUUCAUUUAAAAAAAUCCACUUGUACUCUUUUUGAACAGAACUGAAACAAAAAUGUCUGAAUUUGAAGUUAAAGCUUGUCAUAGAAUAGACAGUCUACAGUGAGUUGUGCUUUAAUUAAACAGAUUUUGCUUUAA